AUGGAGGACAAGUGGCAGCUCAUCGAUUUGCUCACCCAGGCGCGCGACUUGGCCAUUCGUUCCCUCGAGCCCAAUACAAUCAAAGACCGCAAAGCGGUCGCCAUGAAGCUCAAACAACUUGCGGGUGAGAUCGAAGUUUCCGAGGCCAAAGUUCACCGCGCUCUCGUCUCGGGCGUAGAAACAAGUUUCUUGAGUCUGCCUCGAGAGCGACGUGAUAAAAUCUAUGCUACAGCGUUGAUAUCCAAAAACUGUAUCUGCUUCAACAGAAUGAAAUGGGACGAUUGCGGCGAGAUCCCCGAUAAUCAUUUGAGUCUGCUUCGUACCACCAGACAAGUCAGGCUCGAAGCGAGAGAAAUAUUCUACGCGCGCAACGACUUCCAUCUCCUCGGAUAUUCUCACAUAAAGGCCCCUCUAUGGAAAUUACACGACAUGUUGCGGCCUGUUAGCGAUGCCUUUUCAAGUAUUCAAAAACUUCAUCUGGCACUGACCCGUAAAAGUCAUCGGGUAGCCGUCAGGGGCGCUCGGAAUCUCGCCGAGUUUGAGUACAUCGACAACUUCGAUCCUCACCAUAUUACAAAGUAUGCGAGAGUGUGCUGCACGAACGAGGGUCAAGUCCUGGAGGAAAUCUACUAUUUGUUCACAUACUAG